UAAUCCUAGUGGUUUUGAUUGGAGUUGGAUGGGUUGUCAUUUUCUUUCACGGGUUUCUUGGGGAUCGAUUCUUUCUUUUCGCCGGCAGCGAGCAAUCAUAACCCAAAUCAAUGCGCUAUUACUUGCCGAUUUGGUUGCUGCGUGCUGUCCGUAGUCGUUCGAUCGUGCUCGCACGAGGUCGAUCUACGUUGAUGCUGUAAUGGAGUUUACAAAGAAGUCCACCGCUGGGACAAAGAUGGAACGGCUCCAAUCCAGGCGGCGCUAAAUCAGAUUCACGGCAUGAAUUGGUCGCUUCCUAGGUUCCGAGGGCCGGAUUCCUACUGUAAGUGACCAGGGAAUUGGUGCCUUCAAGGUUCAAACUCCAGUUUUAGAUGCCUGCGGAUUUAGACACUUCUAUAAAGUCAGAUAGCGGAACUAGUUUCUUGUUUCUUUUUUAGAAACGAAUUAGUUUCUUGUUGUGUGCAAGUGUCUAGCAUCUUGCAACGAACUCUGUCGCCGAGCCAAAGUUUUGUUUGCGCUGCGCAGGCGUCUACUUCUUUAUCUGAAACUCUGACGAACAAAAUCUUCAGGUGUUGAAACACCAGUUUCAUGCCUUUUUUAGUCCUCGUCUCUGAACCAGUUGCAUACAACUCUUUGCAUGCUGCCGUCUUUGAUUAGGUAGGUGAACUCGGUUAUCAUGGGCCUCGAGGUAGCAGGUGGCGGGGAAGCUGCAGUUAAGGGGAAGUUCUGGGGUAUAGUUGUCUGUUUUUUCUUGGGAAAUGGAAGCCUAUUUGCCUGGAACAGUAUGCUUACCAUCGAGGAUUACUAUGUCUCUCUGUUCCCGAAUUACCAUCCGACAAGAGUUCUUACACUAGUAUACCAGCCUUUUGCCUUUGGACUCACCUGCUUCUUUGCAUACUAUGAAGCAACGAUGAACACGAGGAAGAGAAAUCUAGCUGGUUUUGCACUUUUCUUCCUUAGCUCUUUCGCGUUAAUAUUGCUGGACGUUGGUACUAAAGGACAUGGUGGAAUUCCAGCAUACAUUGGUGUAUGCAUAAUCAGUGCCUUUUUUGGGACAUCUGAUGCUCUUGUUCAAGGUGGCUUGGUUGGCGACCUUUCUUUGAUGUGCCCGGAGUUCAUUCAGUCCUUCCUGUCAGGCUUGGCUGCAUCAGGAGUUAUAACAUCAGCUUUGAGACUAAUUACAAAGGCAGCUUUCGAGAACUCACAAAAUGGUCUUCGAAAUGGAGCUAUGCUAUUCUUCUCGGUAACAUGCAUGUUCGAGCUAGCUUGCCUCCUCCUAUAUGCAUUUGUCUUUCCCAAAUUACCCAUCGUGAAGUACUACCGCCAAAAGGCAGCCUCUGAAGGGAGCAAGACUGUUGGCAGCGACCUUGCUGCUGCAGGAAUCAAAACUGAUCAAGAUAGGCAGGUUGAGGAGGAUCCCCAAAAGCACGGACGUUUAAGCACCAAGGAGCUGCUGAUGCAGAAUAUAGACUAUGCUUUGGAUAUCUUCCUGAUAUACGUCUUGACUCUAUCAAUCUUCCCUGGAUUUUUAUCCGAAGAUACUGGAUCACAUGGCCUGGGAACAUGGUACGCGCUUGUGCUGAUCACGAUGUACAAUGUGUUAGAUCUGAUUGGUAGGUACCUACCACUGAUCAAAUGCCUGAAGCUGACGAACCGGAAGGGCCUGAUGGUUGCCAUCUUGGCGCGCUUCCUGUUCAUCCCUGCGUUCUACUUCACGGCCAAGUAUGGCGACCAAGGGUACAUGAUCUUCCUCACGUCCUUUCUGGGACUGACCAACGGCUACCUCACCGUGUGCGUCCUCGCCGAAGCGCCAAAUGGGUACAAGGGGCCAGAGCAGAAUGCUCUGGGGAACGUGCUCGUGGUGUGCCUCCUCGGCGGCAUAUUCUCCGGCGUCGUGCUCGACUGGAUGUGGCUGAUAGGCAAGGGCUGGUAGUCGAGCACUCUCCGCUGUUCGGUCUGCGCGAUUCGUUCGGUGUCGGGCGGGAGGCGCGCUAAUGCUGGCGGUCUUUCGCGCUCCAUAGGUAGAUAGGUGGUUGCCGAAACAAGGAUGCUGCAGUACAGUGGUGUAUUCCGAGUGGUUGUUUGUCUUCUUUCUCAAAAGAGAUUUUAAAUGUUAUGGUCUGUCCAUGUUUGUAAAUAACUUGGCCGCGACAUGCAAACAUAUCAUUACUAGCUUCCCUUUUUUGCUUAGCCGCUUGGGCUGUCUUCCCCUGCUUACCGUAUUGGACGGCAUAUUCUUCAGAAACAAGAAGGGAGUUUGUUCA